AUGGUGUUGAGAUCCUUCGAGGUGGUGGUGGUGUUGAGAUCCUUCGAGGUGGUGGUGGUGUUGAGAUCCUUCGAGGUGGUGGUGGUGUUGAGAUCCUUCGAGGUGGUGGUGGUGUUGAGAUCCUUCGAGGUGGUGGUGGUGUUGAGAUCCUUCGAUGUGGUGGAGGUGUUGAGAUCCUUCGAGGUGGUGGAGGUGCAGAGACUUUUAGACAGGGCGGCGUCAUUGAGCAGUGAACGCUCCAUUCCUCGAGGGAUCAACUUUAAAAAGAACCUUCAGCGAGCGGCUGCCAAGGUCUCCAGUGGUCCGCACCAUCGCACAGGCCAGGACUCUGUAUUUAAGCGCCUGAAGAAGGACCUCUCCACUUUUGUCCAGAAGGAGCUGAAGAAGUUCCAAAGGCUUCUGAGCACAGAUUACCCAGAAUGCUUAGAGCCUGUGGAGGAUGAGGAGCAGAGGAGCAGCAGUGAGGCGCUCCUGAAGAUCACACUGAACUUCCUGAGGAGGAUGGACCAGAAGGAGCUGGCUGAGCGUCUGUGGAGCAGGACUUAUUCUGGAUGUCCUCAGCGUAAACUGAAGGAGCAUCUGCAGCAGAGGUUUGAGUGUGUGUUUGAGGGCAUCGCUAAAGCAGGAGCCCCCACCCUCCUGAAUCAGAUCUACACCGAGCUCUACAUCACAGAGGGAGGCUCUUCAGAGGUCAACCAGGAACAUGAGUGGUCAGCUCUGGCCUUCAUCUUACUGUCAUCAGAAGAAGAUCUGGACCAGUUUGAUCUGAGCAGAUACUGUGCUUCAGAGGAGGCUCUCCUGAGGCUGCUGCCAGUGGUCAAGGCCUCCACCAAAGCUCUACUGAGCUGCUGUGAGCUGUCAGACAGAAGCUGUGGAGCUCUGGCCUCAGUCCUCAGCUCCCAGUCCUCUAGUCUGAGAGUCCUAGACCUGAGUCACAACGACUUGAAGGACUCAGGGCUGAAGCUGUUGUCUGAUGGACUGAAGAGUCCUCACUGUAAACUGGAGACGCUCAGUCUGUCAGGUUGUUUGGUGUCAGAGGAAGGCUGUGCUUCUCUGGCCUCAGCUCUGAGGUCCAACCCCUCCCAUCUGAGAGAACUGGACCUGAGCUACAACCAUCCAGGAGACACAGGAGUAAAGCUGCUGUCUGCUCUGCUGGAGGAUCCCCACUGCACCCUGCACACUCUCAGACUGGAGCAUUCUGGAGCUCAGAGGUUAACUCCAGGACUCAGAAAGUCUGCUUGCCCCGCACACUGGGAAAGGGCAGAGGUGUACAUGGACAGCUGCUACACAUCGCCAGCCUUAGCUAUUGAGUUAGCCGCUAAAGACAGCGGACUGUGUGGGACAGUGAACUACAACAGAAGAGGGAUGCCAAAGGGGCUGAAACCAGCUGCCUCUGAGAAGGCCAGACCCAGUGUUCAUGCGUCAUGA